GUGGGCUGUCGCUCCUUAAAGCUUGUGGAUCAUGGACGCAGUUAGCUAGCGAGGCUAAUCUUUAAUCUUUAACUUAAUUCAUCAGAAGAAAUAACAGUUUACCUGCCGAUUUUCACCAAGAAUGACCGACGACUUCGAGAGUCAGGAGGUCCGGUCCAGCGGGGAGCUGUGGUCCGAGAUCUGCUCCAGUCUGCCGGAAGUGCAAGCUGAAGCAGCUCCAGAAAACAACCCCGAGUUUAAAGACUCAUUCCAGCCAGCAGCUCAAGUAGGAGUGCAGAUCAAUGGACAAUCAAAUGGGACAAAUGUUUCCAAGUGGGAACCCAUGGAGGAUUCUGAGAUCUACAUUGCCAGUUUAGAGAACCGUCUGAAGAAGUUAAAGGGCCAGUCCAGUGAUGUGACCUCCAGGGACAUGUUGCGCUCGUUGUCUCAAGCUAAGAAAGAAUGCUGGGAUAGAUUCCUACACGACGCCCAGACCUCAGAGCUUUUCCAAGGAGGGGACAUGGAUGAGAGUGCCCUCGAACACUUCAAGAGGUGGUUGAUUCCUGAGAAGGUGGCCAUCAGCGCAGAGGAGCUGGAAUAUCUCCUGAGGCCGUCUCAGAAUAAGGAUGCAGCAGGACCAAACCAAACACAAAACGGAGAGGACACAGAGGGAGAGAGAGACAACACUGAGGAAGAUGAAACUCACAGCCCAGAGAAAUGAGUGUGUUAAAAUAGUAACACUAACAGAAGACCUAAUUUGGAGUGUAUUCAAUGAGGUGGACUUGUUAGCCACUGCGUUCAUUUCGAGCUGUGUUAUGUCAUACUGCUGUUUUUGGCCAAAGCUUUUGUUAUUAGCGGUCAAAGAAGCAAUUACAGCCCUUCAUCGUUCUCCGUAUCCCCAGCAACUGAGUGUUAAGUACUUAUUCAGUCACACAUGUUUUGUCUUUGCUCUUCAUCCCUUCAACCACAUCACACCAUUAAAAAUAUAUAUAUAAAAAAGAGUUUGAAAUUACACUUGUUUGUCCUCUCGCAGCAAAAUUAUAGUGUGUAGUCUGUGUAGUGACUAGACUAACUCUAUCUGUGACAUGAAUAGCUCGCUACCCGACACUCACACGCAAAAGUUAAUGAAGGACCACGUGCAGUAUCAUCUUGUAAUUUAGACUCGUAAGACGUAAGCAAUGCAUUAUUUUCCAGAACCAUUAUUUUUCUGUCUAAAAAUUGUGAUAUCUGAAGUAGGAAUACUCUGUGAUUUAUUCCUAUAUUGUAACAUAUUGUGUAUCAUCUUUAUUUUUGCCAUGUUGAUUUUACAUAAGUUUUACCCACGUUGAAAUAAAAACAAGGAGAAUUGA